AAAACCUAAAACCAACCGCUACCAAAACAACAAACAACAAAUAACAAAUGUAACAACAAAUGUCGGGAUAACCCCGCCGCAACAUUGCGCGCAAUGACAAACAUGGAUGACACCCCGGCUAUUGAUAAUGGAGAACUACUUCGCCGAAUUUUCUUCACGCUGCGAGACAUGCACAACAGCCUCCCAAAUCUCCAGCCAGACCACGUCCUGCCCAGCACUGAGCACAUCGACUUUUGCGUCCAGAAAGACCAACCUAAUACCAGCGCUGAGCCCAGUAAUUGUCAUAAUGCCAUCCAAGGUCUCCUCUCAGGCUCAAUCUUCCUCCAAUAUCAGGACCACACUGCGCUAGAGUGGGCUCUUAAAUUCGAGGGCAUCGCGUCCUCUCAACCUGUGCAGCGAUUCGCGCCAAGAUUUCGCCUACGAUACCUUGACCCAAACGACAAAGCAGAGUGGUUUCUAUCCCUACCAAGCGACAAUAACCGUCGAUGGACUGCAUUGGCAAUGCUAGAACAGCCAGGCUGCGACAGCCAACUGUUCGUUCCAGGCGGCUGUCUUACUGCCGACUUCACGAAAUCAUCUCCGCCACCAGGGAGAUUCUUCUGGAGCGAGUUUGUCUGCGCGAUGACUACCAUCCAACGACUCCUAUAUAACGACUACUGGGACGCGAUGGCGUCUCAUCAGACCAUCUCGGUUUUUAUCAUCACCUUUACCGCAACUACCGCACGGGUCCUUCAAGCAACUGCCACGUCAACGUCAAGCAUCUCAUUCGCAAUUUGCGGCACAAUCGACUUGCCCAAGGUACAGACCAUCACUGACUUAUCGCAAGCCAUGGCCCGGCUUAUCUCAUGGGCUACACCCUGUGGCGACCCAGAUUCAGGGGGCGGGAAGAGUGGCAGCAGUGAUAGGCUUGACUCGCAGCCGCUUAAGAUACCCAAGUCGAGAUCAGAGCAGAAGGACGCAAGCCGGAAUGACAAUGGAUCGAGAACAAGUGCUACUCGAAUUGCAUCCGACUACAGCGAGCACGUUGAGUGGGACGACGGCGCGUCGAAAAAGAGAAGUGUAUCAGGACUGACUCAGUCUCCAUCUCCAACGUCAUCGUCGGGGCUAGAAAGUGGUUAAUGUACAAGUCUUGUCGGCUUUGAGAAACUCCUGCACCCUCGUGGACCGCAAUUUCACAUGCCGUGUGUAUGUCUCUGACAUAGCGCGAUACAGUUGACAAUUGUUAUCCUGUCCUUUCUUAUUAUCGUCUAGGUUAUCAACUGCUGUUUCAGGUUGGCCUGUCUUGUGUUGACCACGCCUGGCCUUCCCACGCGAUCUCUGUUAUGGGCUCUCGAGUAUUUCUCUCCUCAGCUCGGUCUUCAUAGCCAC